ACUAUAUCCGGUCUCCCCCCGGACCCUGCAUUCACUAUAUCUGGUCUCCCUGGACCCUGCAUUCACUAUAUCCGCUCUCCCCGUACCCUGCUCUCCCUGUACUCUGCAUUCACUAUAUCUGGUCUCCCUGGACCCUGCAUUCACUAUAUCUGGUCUCCCUGGACCCUGAAUUCACUAUAUCUGGUCUUCCCGGACCCUGCAUGCACUAUAUCCGGUCUCCCUGGACCCUGCAUUCACUAUAUCCAGUCUCCCCGGACCCUGCAUUCACUAUAUCUGGUCUCCCUAGACCCUGCAUUCACUAUAUCCAGUCUCCCCGGACCCUGCAUUCACUAUAUCCGGUCUUCCCGGACCCUUCAUACACUAUAUCUGGUCUCCCCGGACCCUGCGUUCACUAUAUCGGGUCUCCCCGGACCCUGCAUUCACUAUAUCGGGUCUCCCCGG